UUUGUUCGCGGACGCGUAAAAUUUUUCUGAUUAUUCCGUUUUUCGUCGAUUAAUUCCGGUAAAUCGGGUGAAUACGCUACUAUUUCGGGUACCAUUUGUGCAAGUGGUAAUUUUAAAGUGUUUGUCCGUGUUUCUGAAGUUUUCCGGUCGUGAUUCGCGUCCCGGGUUCGUCGGAUUUGUUUCGUUGUCGAAAGUGUUUCGCGUUUGUUCGUUUUAAAGCGUCUGUAUCGAUUGAUUCGCUGUUUGAAAUUUUCUAAACAUAAUUCCAAUAAGUCGAAUUUAAAAUGCCUCCACGUAAAAAGUCUACUAGCAGCACAGAGUCGAGUAGCGGUAGCUCGUCGGAUUCCAGCUCCAGUGAUAGUAGCUCCAGCGGAAGUGAUUCUGGAAGUUCCAGUAGCGAGAGUGAUUCCUCCAGUUCCCAGGAUGCUACCACAACGACGACACCACGUACCAGCAACAAUAGUUCGACGGCCAAUACUCCAAAAACUACUGAAAAGGUGGUUCGUCGUCGCAGCUCGGAAACGGUUGCUUCUAUGAAAGCUGCCUUGGUAGCUGGCGCUGCUGGUUCUGCUGCCAAAGACACAAAUCCGGCUGAUAAGUCAGGACCGGUAAAAUCGGCUGGUGCCGGUCAGAAACAACAGAAAACAUCCAAAAGUUCUAUCUCAUCCAGCGAAGAUGAUUCAGCUUCGGAAAGCAAACCGGUGGUACAGAAAAAAGUUCAACAAGCAGAAGCAGCCAAGAAAAAGGCACAGGAAAAAGCUCAACAAGCAGCCAACCCACCCCCAGUAACCGGAGGCAAAGUUCCGCCCUCGGUUAUAAAACAACAACAGCAGGCAGCCCAACAGCAGCAUCAAAGCCAACCGAAAGCUCCGAUUACAAAAGCUGCCGCCAAGGCUAGUGUCGUGGUCAAUGAAUCUCCCAAAAUGAACCCACCAAUCCCGAAAAAGGGCGGAGGAACGGGAACUGCAGCUGGACCUAGCAACACAUCUACUCCGAAUCAAAGUUCCAGCCAAACUGCAUCAAGCCGCAGUGCUGCUCAAGCCAAGAAGAAAAGCAUUUUCUCCCCGGUGAAUUCGUCGGAAUCGGAUGAUGAAAAACCUUUGGACAAAUCCGGUCCAAAAUCGGCAACCGGAGCAAGUUCUUCUGCUGCUGCAACCACAUCAUCAACAACAACUACAGCUGCUGCAGCUAAAAAUCGUCGUACGUCCAGCUCCGGAUCCGCAGCCGGGAAUUUAAGUAGUUCCCUAAAGGAUCAGUCUGGAUCGGCGGGAUCCUCGGGAGGGAACGGAUCGAAGGUUCAAACGCAACAGCAGCAGCAACAACAAAGAGGUCGUGGUCGCCCCCGCAAAACCCCUAUUGCAACGACCGGCAACGCAACAUCUACCAGCACUCCAACGACGACCAACACGACCGGUCCCGUAUCGAAACCGGUAGCCCAGGUCAAGGCACAAGUCAGCGUAUCGCCUACUAAAGCCGCAUCCGGUGGUGGUUCCUCCUCACAAAAACCUAAACCCGAAGACGAUGCUUCGUCGGCAUCGACGGGCAGUUCCAUGGACACAUCAUCCAGUGGCUCGUCGGAUUCGGACACUGAUUCGUCGGAAGAUUCUUCUCACUCGGCCAACGUGGCACCGACCGGGGCUGUCGGGUCAAAUAAUGCCAAGGAAACGCUCAAACGAAGCAACGCCGGCAUGAAACGGCAGCUGGAGAAAACUCCACAGAAAGUCGAGACUAAGGAUGCUGGUACCGAUUCCGAGGGAGAAGUUAAUAAUAAACAAACUAGAAAGCUAACAAGGUCUUCUAGCACCCGAAAGUCGAAGCAUUUACUUGGGAAGAAAGAUUCCGAGACGGAAUCCGAUGCAGAUAGUGUUAAGCGUUCUGCGUCCAAGAGUCCGGUGAAGAAGGCGCCAAUUGUUCCGACCAAGGGUAAGAACAACAGCAGCAAGAAGAAGGAUGCUGUGCUAAAGGAGGCUCAAUUUGAAGAACCAGAACCCAUCGACAAUCGAUGCCCGCUGCUAAGUUGCGACUCCACCGGUCAUCUGGGAGGGAAACUUGAGAAGCAUUUCACCUUGGAAGCUUGUCCGUUGUAUCAUAACAUAACCUCGGAGCAAACCAAGGACUUUUUACAAGAGCGAAAACAGAGAGAUGAAGAAAGGAAGAAAGCGGUUCCCGUCUAUGAAAACAGCAAAAAGAUUCAAACUCCGGAGCAGAAGAUUUACCUGCAGAAAAUCAGGGACAUGCGGGCCAAGUUCAAGCCGAACCCUCCACCGGAUGUUAAGCCGAGGCCUAUUGCCGAACGCCUUGAAAAUGAGAUCGAUUUGGAACCAUCUCUGGAAGGCAUCGUUCCGGAUUAUGAUCUGCAGCUGUUCCGCGAGGCUCAAGCCGCGGCUAGCGAGAGCAUGGAAAAUGAACUGAAGGAAAUGGUCACCGGUAAGGGAACCCGGUUCAUUUCAAUGGGUCGAUACUGCAUGAAAGUUUGGUACCAAAGUCCUUACCCGGACGAUGUGACCCGGCUGCCCAAACUGUAUCUUUGUGAGUACUGUCUUCGGUACCAGAAAUCUGAAGUUGGCAUGAAACGGCAUGCGGCCAAAUGUGUCUGGAGACAUCCGCCCGGUGAUGAGAUUUACCGUAAGAAUAAGCUCGGAGUGUGGCAGGUGGAUGGCAAACGGCACAAGCAGUACUGCCAGCAUUUAUGUUUGCUGGCCAAGUUUUUCUUGGACCACAAAACGCUGUACUACGACGUCGAACCGUUCCUGUUCUACGUGAUGACGCUGGCCGACAGCGACGGAUGUCACACGGUCGGGUACUUUAGCAAGGAGAAAAACUCAUUCCUAAACUACAACGUUUCCUGCAUUCUCACCUUGCCUCCGUAUCAGCGAAAAGGAUAUGGCCGUCUCCUGAUCGAUUUCAGUUACCUUCUGACUAGGGUCGAGGGUAAGAUAGGAUCGCCGGAAAAGCCGCUCUCGGAUCUCGGGCUGAUUUCGUACCGGUCCUACUGGAAGGACGUUCUGCUGGCCUAUCUGUGUUCCCGGCCAGGUACCACCCUGAGCAUCAAAGACAUUUCCCAGGAAAUGGCCAUCAAUUCGUACGAUAUCGUCAGCACACUCCAGGCGCUCGGAAUGAUGAAAUACUGGAAGGGUAAACACAUCAUCCUCAAGAAGCAGGUUAACUGCAACAACAACCAACCUGGUCGAAAGCAGUCUCACACGACGGACGUCCUGGAGGAGUACGAGGAACGGGUCAAGCGGCGCGGCAACAUGCCCAAGAUCGACCCGGCCUGCCUGAAGUGGACCCCAUUUGUGGCACCGACGCCCUCAUCGCCAUCUUCCUAGCGCCAGUCGUACCACCACCAUCAUCAGCACCAUCACUAUCAGCAUCCACAUCAUCCGUCGCACUACUAUCAUCAUUCCUAUCUGCAGCAGCAACAGCAUCAGCAUCCCUACUAUCGGAAUCAUAACUACUACUACUUCUACAACAAUAACAACAACAACAACAAUUACGGAGGCGUCCAAACCAUCCAUCAUAACAACAACAAUAAUAAUAACAACAACAACAGCAUCAGCGGAAAUUACAACCACAACUAAACAUGGUGACGAAUGUUGUUGGACUGUGCGUGUGUGAGUGUAGGUAAGCAUGAAAUUCGAAAAAGUCUGUCGUUCGAUAACUGCAGAUCUUGAGGAAGAUCUAGAUGUCUUUAAGUGAGUCCCAAAAUAUUGAAGGCAUAAUCGUGAGGAAGAAUUACUGAACUACUGCAUAUUUUAAUAUGAUAAGAUUAAGAAAUUUUUUCCAUAGCAUCUGAUGUUGCGACCAUUAAAUAAUGCAUUUAUCACUUAAAUAUGUAGGACGCACGAACUGUUUCUCGUAGGUAGUAGCGAUGUAUUUUAGAUAUUUAACACAAACUGGUGGCAGAUUUUUACUCUGUUUAUAUGUUUCAACUAGUAAAUCCUGUAAUUUUACCUUGACACUGAGAUUUUUAAUGUAAUUGAUGGUUCCAGAGCAUAAAUUUUAUCAAUUAAACCCAAGAAAGGCUGCUUUUAUCCUCCAUGUUGUUAGUGUCUUUUCAACACCUUGGAGUUGAGAUAUAUUUAAUGUGAAUUUUUUUCUGGGAAACGAAAAACGUGUUUUUCCAAUUGUAAGCUCAUUUUCUAAAUUUUAUGCACACUCUGUAGAAUUACCUUUUGGAACGCACUUUUAAUAUCAAAUUGAUCUUAACGUCUUAUCGUUUAAUAAUUACAUUCUUGAAAAAUUGGGAUGUAAUUAUGAUAAGUAAUUUUUUAGUGCUAAAAUUAUCACUAACCAAUGACAUUUACUAUUGACUGAUUCAAAAUACUGAUAUGGUAUCAUAACAUCAAAUAUUAAAAAAAACAUUAUUUAUAAAAACUGGAACUGUCAUCAAACUUUAUCAAUAAGCUCAUCCUACAAUCUUAGACUAUUUAGGAAAUGUUACAUCAAUCAUCCCAUAUUUAAGAAUCGAUUCCUUUCCCCUAACAACUGAUGUAUAAAUGUUGCACAAUUCAUGUAAAAGAAACUGAUUCACUGGUGUUUGUAAAUUUAAGAAUCCAAUUAUCACUAGAACAGUGGAACAUGUGGUUUAGUACUCAAAAAAAAAACCGUAGUAAUGUAAGGUUCAAGUUUCGAAUCAGCUGAAAGAAAAUCUUAGUACGUCCGAAAGUUAGGUAUUCAAUUGCUUACCGUAAGGAAAGUGUCGAAUCAUGUUUAAACUGUUUUCUGUCCUCACAAUAAAGAAAAAAACAAUGUUCUUCCUUGUAA